CUGGCCGGGGCACUGCCCCCAUAUAGGGGGUGGGGGUGGCCGGGGCCGCUUGGGUCACCUCCGCUCGGCCGGCCCUGGCCUGUCUUCGCGCGAGAGCCGCCGACAUGGAGGGGAUCGCCCCGGCUGCGCCUGCCCGGCUGGCGGUUCUGCUCCGACACCUCUGCCCGGACGGUGCCGCCGCCGCCGCCAGGUCUCUCACAGCAUUUCCUACUUCAGCCCAAGUUGUUUCUGCAAAACACCCAGCACAGUUCCGCUAUACCUUGGAUAAUAACCUUUUAACCCCAGCACAGCGAAAUUUCUAUGAGGAGAAUGGUUAUCUGUUGAUAAAAAAUCUGGUCUCUGAUGAGGACAUUGCACGUUUUAGAGAUGAGUUUGCACGAAUCUGCAGAGGAGAGGUGAAAGUGCCGGGAAUGGUUGUCAUGAGAGAUAUCACAAUCGCCAAGUCAGAGUUUGUUUCAGAUGAGAAAGCAGUUACAAAACUACAGGACUUUCAGGAUGACGAAGAACUGUUUAGAUACUGCAGCCUGCCUCAGGUAUUAAAAUACGUUGAAUGCUUUACUGGACCAAACAUCUUGGCUAUGCACACCAUGUUGAUAAAUAAACCUCCAGAUUCUGGGAAGAAGACCUCUCGCCACCCAAUGCAUCAGGAUUUGCAUUACUUCCCCUUCCGGCCUGCAGAGCGCAUUGUCUGUGCCUGGACUGCCAUGGAAAGAGUUGACCGCAGCAAUGGAUGCCUAGUGGUGAUGCCGGGAACUCAUAAAGGGUCUCUGAAACAGCAUGAUUACCCGGACUGGGAGGGUGGAGUGAACAAAAUGUACCACGGCGUGCGUGAUUAUGAUAAAAAUGCCCCUCGGGUCCACCUUGUUAUGGAAAAAGGAGACACGGUGUUCUUCCAUCCCUUACUGAUCCAUGGCUCUGGAAUGAACAGGACAGAAGGGUUUCGAAAGGCAAUCUCUUGUCAUUACGCCAGUGGUGAUUGCAACUAUAUUGAUGUGAAAGGUACUACGCAAGAGAAACUUGAAGAAGAAAUGAUAGAAAUUGCAAGAACAAAGUAUGGAUUGAAUUCAUCAAUCUCCAUGAAGGAUGUUUGGUAUUUCCGAAGCCGUCUUGUGAAAGGAGACAGAGGAAAUCUUUAAAGGAUUUAAUCAAUUUAGAACUUCCACGUUGCUGAUUUUUCAAAUGCAAUGUAACUAAUAGUCUUUCAUAGUAUAUUUACACUUGAGGGGAAAAAGGCUACAUACCACCUUGGGGGGCAAGUAAGCAACCUUCAUUUUAACUUCACUUCGUGUACUUAAGUAAGGUUCAGCCUUUUAAAACACAGGGUCUCCAUGUAAGCAAACUUUUUAAAAAUUAAGAGUAUUAAAACGAGCUCAGAUCUUUAUCUAGAGUUAAUUUUGUGAGAUUUAUUUUAACUGCCAAUCUCAUUUGUCUGCUGGUUUUAAGCUUAAGUAGAAAAAGAUCAGAUUUAGAAGAAGAAGAAGAAGAGAUUGGAUUUAUACCCCGCCCUUCACUACCCAAGGGAGUCUCAG